AUGUCGUCGUCGCCUAGAAAGCUUCCAUUAGAUCUGGAAGAAGAGAUACUCGUUCGAGUUCCACCUCGAUCUCUCGUUGGCUUCAAAUCAGUUUGCAAAGGAUGGAACACUCUUUUCAACGAUAAGAGAUUCGUCAACAAACAGUUGGCUUUCGGUCGUCCAGAAAUCUUGUUAAAGACACCUUCUCGUAUGUAUUCGAUAAGCGUCGAUCUCAACAAGGACGAUCCAACUACAAAAGUGAGUGAUUUAUGUGUUAAUUUUCACGAUCGCCGUUAUAUUCUCGAGGGGACCUGCGAUGGUAACUUCUUCAUCAACGACUUUCAUAAAUUAGGAAGCCGCGAAUACGUGGUUUUGAAUCCAUUGUUGAUGAGACAUAGAAUUGUGGCGGAUGCCUUUUCAUGUUGCAAGGGCAUAGGUUAUGAUGGUAGUAGACCCCAAAAGAGUUACAAGAUUAUUGGGAAAAUGAAUACUUAUUGGCAGGGUAGCGUUACUUAUACAUAUUCAGUCUUCCAAUUUGCAACCAAUACGUGGAAGGUUACCGAUCAUACCAGUUUUCCCGGAAAGUCAGAAUUAAUAAGCGAAGCGUACAAUAAUGCUAGAGUCUCCCUGAAUGGAAAUUUGUACUGGACAGCUUAUACUUAUCCUGAAACUGGUCAGUAUUUCAUCCAAAUGCUCGAUUUUUCGAAAGAGAUGGAAAGGACCUUUUGUGGUCUACCGUGUAAGGGAGAGUUAAAUGUUACUCAUACUCGUAUCCUCUCGAUUUACAAGGGAGAUCAAUUUUCAGUGUUAGAACAAUCCAACGAAACAGGAGAGAUUGAGAUUUGGGUGACAAAGGAUAAAAUUGGUAAUGGGGAUAAUGGAGACGAUGUGGUGUGUAUUAAGUUCCUGACAGUCUCAGUACCUGACUUCCCCAUGUUACUUAGUAACAAUGCUACAAGUUACUACGUCGAUAAUAAUAUCUAUGGAAAGAGCUUUGUUCUGUGUUUUCCUUCUAUGGAACUUAAACAAGCGUGGGUCUAUAUUGUGAGGGGAGAUCUGUGUAAAAAGAUUAAGAUAGAUGAAGUGCCAUGUGAAUUUCAGUCCUCUCUCUAUGUUCCCAGUUUGAUCACCAUUUCUUGA